AUGGACCACAACAUCAACCUCGGCGCCCUACGCGAUCAUUUAAUCGCCAUCGCCCUCAACGCCGGCGCAAUGAUCACACAGGCCUCCUCAUCCGCCACAGCCUCAUUGCCCGCCGACGGUACCAACAACCCAUCCACGAAGAAAAACUCGGCCGACCUCGUCACCGAAACGGACAAGGCAGUCGAGGACUUCAUCUCGCGUGACCUGAAGACCACGUACCCCAACUGCCACUUCAUGGGCGAAGAGACCUACGUGCCCGGCCAGAAAUUGGGGCCUGAACCGACAUUCAUCGUCGACCCCAUCGACGGGACCACGAACUUUGUGCACGGCUGGCCGUAUGUCUCCGUAUCCCUGGGCUUCGCGGUGGGUAGGGAACCCGUCGUCGGCGUGGUGUAUAACCCGUUCAGUGGGAGACUGUACCAUGGGGUGAAAGGGCGGGGGUCGUUUGUGCGGAUCGUUCGCGGCGACAGAGUUGCCGAAGCGGCCGAAGUGGCGGGGGAGGCGGAGGAGGACAGGCGGCUCCCGCUCCGUCAACCCGCGCCCCCACUGACUGGGUUGGACGAGUGCGUGGUGGCGAUCGAGUACGGAAGUGAUCGGAGCGGCGAGAAUUGGCGGACAAAGGUCGACACGUGGGCUGCGUUGGGAGCGAGUAAAGAUGAAGGCGGCGCCAUGGUGCACUCUGCCAGGGCGCUGGGGUCGGCGGCGCUGAAUCUCUGCGGGGUGGCGGAGGGGACGCUGGACGCGUACUGGGAGGGAGGGUGUUGGGCGUGGGAUGUCUGCGCGGGAUGGGUCGUGCUUAAGGAGGCGGGAGGUGUCAUUGUCGAUGGGAACCCCGGGCGGUGGGAGAUCCCGGUCGAUCAUCGCAAGUAUCUUGCUGUCAGGGGGGCUGAGGGUAGUAAGGGACAGAGAGAGCUGGUCGAGGAAUUCUGGGGGUUUGUCAAGGGACGGAUGGAGUAUGAGCAUUGA